AUGGGCAUCGUGGACGUGGUGUCGGAGUACUGCUCGCUGCCGCGGGGUCGGCGGCACAUGAAGAAGCGGAAGCAGUUCCAGACGGUGGAGAUGAAGGUCCGCAUCGACUGCGAGGGCUGCGAGCGCAAGGUCAAGAAGGCCCUCGACGACAUGAAAGGCGUGAGCUCGGUGGAGGUGACGCCGAAGCAGAACAAGGUGACGGUGACGGGGUACGUGGAUCCGGCCAAGGUGAUGCGCCGGGUGGCGUACAAGACCGGCAAGCGGGUGGAGCCGUGGCCCUACGUGCCGUACGACGUGGUGGCGCACCCCUACGCCCCGGGGGCCUACGACAAGCGCGCGCCCGCCGGCUACGUCCGCAACGUCAUGAGCGACCCCUCCGCCGCGCCGCUCGCCAGGGCCUCCUCCACCGAGGCCAGGUACACCGCCGCAUUCAGCGACGAGAACCCCAACGCAUGCUCCGUCAUGUAG